AUGAGUGUCGAGACCUUUGCAAAUAUUGGCGUCGCCCUGGACUUUGGGUUUUCAAACUGUGCCAAACCGGGACCCAGACUGAAGCGAAGGAGAUCCCCGAGAGCGUGUUUGGUUUGUCGCAGCAGGAAAGUCCGCUGUGAUGUCCUCCAGAAGAGUCGCCCAUGCACGAAUUGUACUCUUGAUGGAAAGGUUUGCAUUGUUCCCAACGGAAGACGAGGGAAAAUGACGUGCGGGAAUGGUGUAGACCAGCCUUCUCUGCAACAUACGGAAGAGGCGACCGAUCCCAAUAACACCAGUGACCAUUUCGAGCGUGGUGUGGCCAGCGACCGGGAUUUAUCGAUGGGACAACACGAGUUCUCUUUCGCCGACGAAAUCGAUGUUGAUAUAGGGAACGCGCUAGACGACAACGGGCAGGCUCAUGACUCCGAUGACUGGCCACAGGACACGCUUUGUGAGACUCAACCGAAUGACAAAGUGGUUGAAUCUCCAUUAAAAGAGCUUUGGAGUCACUCAAAAGAAAACCACACAGAGCUUCGAAAUGACGCCGCACCCGAGGAGUUCCUAGCAAUCACGUCGCCUGGAUCUAAUGCCAUGGAACUUUUUGCGGAAAGAGAAGUCAGCUAUACAAGGUACCCCUUCAUUAUAUUGAAUAACCUACGGAGCCUUGGACCAGAAGAUGUAGCGUACUUGGCCUCCCAAGACUGCCUUGUCAUUCCGACAGGAGAAACCCUGGAUCAUUUCUUGGAAAUGUACUUUCUGCAUGUGCACCCUCUCCUCCCAAUGAUCAAUGAGGGCAAUUUCUGGAAGUUAUACUGUCAUGGACCAUGCGAAGAAACCGACAAGGUCCCGUUGGUACUAUUCCAGGCUAUUCUAUUUGCUGCUAGUAGCUUUGUAUCGGAAGACGUUGUCAAACACCUCGGGUUUCCGCACACUCGAGCAGCAAGGGCAGCUUUCUACAAAAGAGCAAAGCUCUUAUACAACUUGGAAACCGAGUCUUCACUGGUUCCACUGGCACAAACAGCUCUUCUGUUGUCCUUCUGGGCUCCCGAUCCCUUGGGCGGGCAAGGUGGCUUAUCGGAUUGUACGAAGAAUUCGACCGAGGCCUGGCUGGUUCUCGCGAUCCACGAUGCCAGGAAUUCAGGUGCCCAUCUCCAAACGAAUAUACCUCCUUCAGAUCCCGUUGGAAACGACAGCACGGAGCAAAAACACCAAAAUGCUCUGCGGAGAUUGUGGUGGUGUUGUCUGAUCCGCGACCGCAUCCUUGCCCUCAACUUGCGGCGUAAUAUCCAAAUCAAGCGGGCAUUCUAUGAUCCUGAUACUCUUUACCACGAUUUGAGUGAUGAGAUCCACCAGUCGAGGGUCUACAAUGCCGACACCAAACGCCGCACGAUCCAAGUCCUCGUACAACUUGCGCGACUAGCGACGACACUUACGGACGUGAUUCCACUCAUCUACCCAUCAGACGACGAGCCGAGGUACAAUACUGAAGCAGGCAAGGGAAGUCCUGGGAAAAAGUGCAAGGAGUUGCUUGAUUCGUGGUACAAGUCGGCUUCUUCAGAGCUCUCAAGUCUCGCCGGUGGUGCAGACAACCUCAAUCCCGUGAUAUUGUACACAAAUUUCACAUACAUCUACUAUUACUCGGCCAAAAUCGCAGUUUGCCACCACGAGGCUUUGCAGCUGGCACUCGCCAACGCCUCAGCGAUGCUAGAUUCAAUAGCUUUUGCUACCAUAUGUGAUAAUCAACAACAACUUCGGGAAGCCAUCUGUGGAGUCAGUGAUUGUCUGGAACGUCUGAUUCAACUGGGCCUCGUUCGCUGGCUGCCAGUUGUAACACUCGCUUGCCUCGCCCUACCUCUGAUGUUGCAGAUUCUUGAUGUCAAGAUAUCGUCUAUGAACCGAAACUCGGUUUCAAUUAAGGCCUCGAAAACCCAAACAACAGUAAAGCAGCGACGGCUUACAGUUUUAAUCGAGGCCGUACGUGUAUACCACCCAAGAUACGCCACCGUCGACUAUAUUUGCAAAACGAUCCGACAUGUGACGAACCUCGCGAGAUUGGACGUCAUGUCAAAUGUGGGUGUUGAUACGGGAAUGGGUCAGCCCAUUAUCUCCGACUGGACGGACUUUUUGAUCCUAUCACCGGGCCAUUACUUGCAACUGUCAAAUGCGCUGGACUUUAGUCUUAAGAAGACCUGCCUGGCCCGAGCAGAUGAUAUUUCAUCUGACCUGAAAUUACUACUCGGCACAGGCACGAAGCUUCCCUGGCCUCAAGAGCACUCACUGACAUACCAGCGACUUUCUCCACCGAGCGCAUUUGCUAUCCCAGGCCACUCCUGGGAUAUGGAGUCCAAUGAAGGGUCAAGCUCAUUGAGUGUUCCUUCGCAAUCGAACGUCAUGGAGGAAUCGAAUCCAGACGAGACCUUUCAGGUUUCGACAAGCGUGACAGAUCGAGAAACGUUUUCGUGGCCAGCACCUGAACGAUCCGGCUGUGAGUUGCCGCCUUCGGCCGCCAUCGAACUUGGUCUUGAUGGGAUGGACUUCGGAGGGUUUCCAGUACUGGGCCUGGGUCCAAUGUGA